CUUUCCUCUCUUUCACGAUCCGAUUGGCAUUCACAAACUGCAUAUCGUCACAAGUUGCAUAUCGUCCUUGCUUGUUGGUCGGCCUUCAUCAUCACCAGUCCUGCUCAUUUACAAUUGAAUUGGAAACCGUCAUGCUCGGACUAUUUUGAUAUAGAGGGAGAUUGGGAAAUGAUAGGCGCCGACCUAGGAUUUAUACCCUAGAUCCGAACAAGUUGAAUCGGCCCUUGAAGGUGGAGGACGUCGAUCGUUGGAGAAAAGAAGAAUACAAAGGAUUACCGUAGAGAGAUCAAAUUUCAUAAAUGGCUCUUAUUUUGUGCGAGUUUGCUAGGUCUCUGUCUAAUGGAAAGCUUUAUUUGUUACAACAUCCUAUGAAGCUUCUGGAGUGUUGCUGAUUAUUAAUGAUCUUUUGUGCUGAGUUUUGGGCCACGAAAACUUGGUGAAUAGAACUUCCAAGGAUAUGCUCAGACAUUUUUAGGGUUCAUCCAAAGUUUAAGGUAUUUGUGCUCUGAUGAAUCUGGCACCAAGGAAGGAAAAAGGAGAUUCCAAUUCCAUGAUUUCAUGUUAAGGAAGAAGAAGGAGCAAGAAGAAAGUAGCUAAAGUUUCUAAAAUCCUGAGUUCAAACACAGCAGCCCACUUCUAGGUAAAAACUGAAAUUUUCCAUACAUUAUAUUGAAAUACUUUCUGAACCAAAGUUGUAGCCCCAGACGAUACAAAUCCAGCCCAACAAACGGCUCGUGAUUUUGUUAAGUAACGAAGAAGAUAUGGCCAAAAUACCGGGACUGCGCCAGUGGUGGCGAGCUCCUCGGGUUGGACCAUUUUCUUCACCAAAUUCAUAUUAUUUCAUUCCAAGAACUUACCAUAAACUCUCUAACACUUAUUAGGAACAUUGAGAAGGUAUCGUAGAGAAGGUUCGACGUUAGAAUAUUGAAGUUAAUGAGAGAAUCGUCGGAAUCGUUGUUCGUUGGAACAUCCAAAAUCCUGGCAGCAACUAUGAGUCCACUUGUGAGCUAUAUUUGACAAUUUUAAACUCAUUAUUUUAACAUGGUUUCUUCACGAAAGUUGUAGCCUUACGUCUUAGGAAUCCACAGAAUCAAACGGUUUGCGAUUCCGUGAAGAAACGAUGGAGAUAUGCUCAAAAUACCGCAGGCUAUCCAAUUGUGACGCGAAUAACAAAGUUGGUGAAUUUCGAUGUUGUUUCCACUCCUGCUCAUCCGUAAGGUUUCGGCCGAUGAUUUCCAUGUCUGUAACUUUGCGUUAGACUUGUCGAAUCAUUCAUCACAUAUAUACAUGAACAUAUAUGUUAUUUCAUAUGUUAAAACCAUUCCAAAAUAUAUAUGUGAUGCAUAUAUAAGUUAUCUAUAUGUUGAGAUCAAAAUACACCAAAUCCAUAAAGUUAAUAUACACAUAAGUAAAUAUAAACUUUGGAAAUCAACCCAACAAUAUGUAUAUGCUAAUCAAAGGUUUCGAGUACCACCCAUAUUUUUCUAGUCUCACCUCAUUCGUGAGACUAAGGCCGCGUGAGUUCGUCGUACCAAAUGGGUGAAUCUCAUAGCGCAAGGGUGUCCUUGCUCGUUAGAAUCAUGCAUCAUGUUAUCAUCAUCAAGUACAUUGAUUACAUAGGUGUCAUGUAAUCAUCAUCAAGAACAAUCAAAUUGAUUAAAUGUGAAAUCAUGUUAUCAUCAUCAAGUACAUUGAUUACAUAGGUAUCAUGUAAUCAUCAUCAAGAACAAUUAUAUUGAUUACAUAAGUGUCAUGUAAUCAUCAUCAAUAAUAAUUAUACUGAUUAAAUAUGCCAUCAGGUAAUCAUCAUCAAAUGUCCACCAUCAUAAAUCAUCAAAUUGAACAUACGAUAUAAUGUGCCAUAUCAUGAAUAUUAUUAUACAUUUUGUGGACGUAUAUAUAUGUAUAUGUAUAUGUCUAUGAAUUGUUUUACAAUUCUAGCGUGGUACCACUCAGCGGUUUCGCUGAGCGUGUAGUUUGUAUUUUUUUUUGUUGACUACACGUAGGUAACAAGAGGACAAUGACGGAACCACUCCUGGAGGGCAUUGAAUCAGAGGAGAUGCAAGGAUGGCAGACAAAUGUUUGAUCAUCAAAGAAUUUAAAUGUGUCAUGAUUUAAUUAUUAUUGUACUUCCGCAUUACUCUGAAAAUAUAUUUUUUAAAUAGGUCACGAUCCAGAGUCUGUAAAUUUAAUAUUUAUAAGGCCCACAAAAAAGAGAUUAGCCGGUGAAAAGGAUCGAAGUGCAAAAGCAGCGCCGGAGACUGAGUGGGAGAGAUGCCAAAUUUCCAAUCCUAUCAGUACUCCGCUUUGUAGUGUAUAUAUAAAAUCUUCAUCCAGUCCCAAUCUCAUCCACAUUCAAACUCUUCCUUCCCGUGAUCUGUAACUCUCCUUAUUUGUUUUCUUCUUCUCCUCACGUUUCAUCACUCCUUUUUUUCUUGUGAAAACCCAGUUUUUCUUUUCUCCCCUUUUCGCGUGAUUCUGGGUUGGGAGAAAAAAGAAGAAAGCUGUAGAACAGAUCAGUUGGUUGGAUUCUCGUGUGCCCUUUUUCUUUUUGCACUUUUGGUGUUCGUUUAAUUGCCUCACGGGCGUGGAAGAAGAAACCGUGUAUAAAUCUCGCCAUCAACAGGAACGAUGAGUAGGAAUCUGGAGAAGAUGGCGUCGAUUGAUGCGCAGCUGAGGUUGCUCGCCCCGGCAAAGGUCUCCGAGGAUGACAAGCUCGUGGAGUACGAUGCGCUUUUGCUCGAUCGGUUUCUCGACAUUCUGCAGGAUUUGCACGGAGAAGACAUUCGUGAGACGGUUCAAGAGUGUUACGAGCUCUCCGCAGAGUAUGAAGGGAAGCAUAAUACCCAGAAGUUGGAAGAGCUUGGGAGAGUGAUAACUAGUUUGGAUGCUGGAGAUUCUAUAGUGGUGACCAAAGCCUUUUCCAACAUGCUUAACUUGGCCAAUCUUGCUGAGGAGGUUCAGAUAGCCUACAGGCGGAGGAUAAAGUUGAAAAAACACGACUUGUCUGAUGAGGCUUCUGCAGCUACUGAAUCAGAUAUUGAAGAAACUCUCAGGAGGCUUGUGGGACAACUGAACAAGUCCCCUCAAGAAGUCUUUGAUGCUCUGAAGAACCAGACCGUAGAUCUAGUCCUAACCGCACACCCUACUCAGUCCGUUCGCAGAUCUUUGCUUCAAAAGCAUGGAAGGAUCCGAAAUUGUUUGACACAACUGUAUGCCAAAGAUAUUACUCCUGAUGAUAAGCAUGAGCUUGAUGAGGCUUUGCAGAGAGAGAUACAAGCUGCAUUUCGCACAGAUGAAAUCAGGCGGACUCCUCCAACUCCACAAGAUGAGAUGAGGGCUGGAAUGAGUUACUUUCAUGAGACAAUAUGGAAAGGAGUUCCAAAGUUCUUACGCCGAGUUGACACAGCUUUAAAAAAUAUUGGAAUAAAUGAGCGUGUUCCCUACAAUGCUCCUCUUAUUCAAUUUUCUUCUUGGAUGGGAGGGGAUCGAGACGGCAACCCUAGAGUGACUCCUGAGGUUACAAGGGAUGUGUGCUUGCUGGCAAGAAUGAUGGCUGCUAAUUUGUACUUUUCUCAAAUUGAGGAUCUUAUGUUUGAGCUUUCCAUGUGGCGCUGCAGUGAAGAGUUGCGUGCUCGUGCAGAUGAAUUGCACAGGACCUCAAAAAGAGACGUCAAACAUUAUAUUGAGUUUUGGAAGCAAAUUCCACCAAAUGAGCCUUAUCGAGUUAUUCUUGCUGAUGUUAGAGACAAGUUGUAUGGUACUCGAGAGCGUGCUCGUCAGCUAUUGGCAAAUGGGAUCUCUGAUAUUCCUGAAGAGACUGCCUUCACUAGUGUUGAACAGUUUCUGGAGCCUCUUGAGUUGUGCUAUAGAUCACUAUGUGCUUGUGGUGACCGUGCUAUUGCUGAUGGGAGCCUUCUUGAUUUCCUGAGACAAGUUUCCACCUUUGGUCUAUCACUCGUGAGACUUGAUAUCCGUCAAGAAUCUGACAGACACACGGAUGUUCUAGAUGCCAUCACAAUGCACCUAGGGAUAGGGUCCUACAAAGAAUGGACUGAAGAACGUAGGCAGGAAUGGCUUUUAUCCGAACUCAGCGGGAAACGCCCUCUUUUUGGUCCCGACCUUCCUAAAACCGAAGAAAUUGCUGACGUGUUGGACACCUUUAAUGUUCUUUCUGAGCUCCCGCCUGACAAUUUUGGCGCCUAUAUCAUCUCAAUGGCAACGGCUCCAUCUGAUGUGCUUGCGGUAGAACUACUACAACGUGAGUGCCAUGUCAAGACUCCACUUAGAGUGGUCCCACUUUUCGAAAAACUUGCUGAUCUGGAGGCAGCACCUGCAGCUGUGGCCCGUUUGUUCUCCAUAGACUGGUACGUGAACCGGAUCAAUGGCAAGCAAGAAGUUAUGAUUGGGUAUUCGGAUUCGGGCAAGGAUGCAGGUCGGCUCUCUGCGGCAUGGCAGCUGUACAAGACUCAAGAGGAGCUUGUGAAGGUGGCAAAAGAAUUUGGUGUUAAACUCACCAUGUUCCAUGGAAGAGGAGGCACCGUUGGAAGGGGAGGUGGUCCCACUCAUCUUGCUAUUCUUUCACAGCCACCAGAUACAAUACAUGGCUCACUACGUGUGACGGUUCAAGGUGAAGUCAUUGAACAGUCCUUUGGGGAAGAGCACUUGUGUUUCAGAACACUCCAGAGGUUUACUGCAGCAACACUUGAGCAUGGAAUGCAUCCCCCUGUUGCCCCUAAGCCAGAAUGGCGUGCUCUUCUUGAUGAGAUGUCUGUUAUUGCCACUAAAGAGUAUCGUUCUGUUGUUUUCCAGGAUCCACGCUUUGUUGAAUACUUCCGCCUUGCAACACCAGAAUUAGAAUAUGGGCGUAUGAACAUUGGGAGUCGACCUGCCAAAAGGAAACCUAGUGGUGGGAUUGAAUCUCUACGAGCAAUUCCAUGGAUCUUUGCUUGGACACAGACAAGGUUUCAUCUACCAGUUUGGCUUGGCUUUGGGGAUGCUUUUAAGCAUGUUAUUGAGAAGGAUAUCAGAAAUCUCCAAAUGCUUAGAGACAUGUACAGGGAAUGGCCUUUCUUUAGGGUCACACUUGACUUGGUUGAAAUGGUCUUUGCAAAGGGUGACCCGGGUAUUGCUGCUUUGUAUGAUAAGCUUUUGGUGUCCAAAGAUCUGUGGCCACUUGGAGAACAGUUAAGGGCCAAGUAUGAACAAACCAAAAGCUUCCUGCUUCAGGUUGCUGGGCACAAGGAUCUUCUUGAAGGGGACCCCUACCUGAGGCAGCGGCUCAAACUCCGUGAUUCUUACAUCACGACUCUCAAUGCUUGUCAAGCUUAUACACUGAAGCGGAUCCGGGACCCGAGCUACAAUGUGACUGUGAGACCCCAUCUGUCCAAGGAGAUAACGGAAGCGAGCAAACCAGCUGCUGAGCUGGUGAUGCUCAAUCCCACAAGUGACUAUGCCCCUGGUUUGGAGGACACUCUCAUCUUGACCAUGAAAGGUAUUGCCGCUGGAAUGCAAAACACCGGCUAAGCGUGUUACUUGUUUCGAGUCUCUGGUGUUUCUCUUUUUGUACAAUGCCUCCUAUAUAUGUUUUAAUAAAUUGUGAGGAAACAUUCAGGAGAAGAUUUAUACUUGUACUAUUAUUAUUUAUCAAAUAAUCUUUGUCUUAAUCGUUUUCCAGAAAAAAAUAUGGAGACAAUCUUUCUGUUAUCUUUGAGAUCCUUCACUGGUUAUCACCCUCUCAUGCUAGAGGAACCGGGGAUGAUUUUUUAUUUUGGAAUUUAAUCUCAAUAUGAAUUUUGUAAGUUAUGUUGUACACCCAGUGGUGUUUUUGUCAUUUUUAUGGUUGCUCAUUAUUCUAUUAAAGAAUGUUGACUUGU